UGCCCACCAGCAGCAGUACCGAUGCGACGGCAGCCGCCGGGGACAAGGCCCCGAGCUUUGCCACCAAGCUCAUCAAUACGAUUAGUAACCGCCAUCAACAAUUCCUGGACUUGAGCACGCCCCAUGUUACCCCGCGAUGGGUGGCCACUUGUGUCCUCUUUGUUCUUUUUGGCCUCCGCAUCGUCUUUCUGCAGGGCUGGUACAUUGUGGCGUAUGCCCUUGGCAUUUACCUGCUGAAUCUCUUCAUUGCCUUCUUGACCCCGAAAUUCGAGCCGGUGGUGGCCGACACUGACGAUGAGGGCGAGGGACGAGGAGUUUCGUCCGUUUAUGCGCCGGCUCCCCGAAUUCAAGUUCUGGCUGUCGGGUACACGAGCAAUUCUGCUGGCAUUUGUCGCCACCUUUUUCAAGGCCUUUGAUGUUCCCGUGUUCUGGCCCAUCCUCGUCAUGUACUUUUUCAUUCUCUUCUUCAUCUCCAUGAAGAAACAGAUUGCGCACAUGAUCAAGUACAAGUACAUUCCCUUCUCAUUUGGCAAGCCUCAACAUACCGGCAAGGUGGUGCUCAUAUGUUCUUGUCAUCCCUCAGUCGGCCAAGUAAACACGAUGAUGUACACGGCGGGCGCAGCGCGCCAGCAGGGAAUUUUGGUGCCAGCACCCGUGCCUGUGGCAGAAAGUGGCUUGGUUGAGGCGUUUGAGAUUGGGAUCGAGGAUGCCUUUGCGUUGCGGCGGCACGGAACGCUUUGUAAGCCUGUAGCUUUGACUGCCAAGGCCCUGGCCACCUGCCGUGCAGGUUUGCAAGACAUUUUAUCCAGCUCUGCCGUCAAGGCAGGAGCCUUGCACCCAGAAUGGCUCAUGUCUCCACACCAGCUUGGCAGUGCGCCGCUGAAAGAGGCCAUCUGGUCUGUGGCCUCUCAUCCCGCUCUAGUUUGGCUGGUGCAGGAAGCGCUGGAUACGUCGGAACCUGUUGUCCUGUUCUCCACCCAAUACGCCUUCAAGCCGGCCCACGGCGGGCGUGAAGUGCCAUGGCAUCAAGAUGGCGAGCGCAGCAUCACCGUGUGGAUUGCUCUGGACGACAUUGGACUAGACAGUGGCGGCCUACGCGUCGUGCCCGGCUGGCACACCAAGGGGCGGGCUCGCUUCCGCCGGGUGGAGACAGAGGAAGAUGUCGAGCAGGCCCAAUUUUUUCACAAACACCACUUGUUUCAGAUGGAACCCGGCAUCUCUUUUCGCCGCUUCGAGCGGAGCCAGGAGGCCGUGAUCUUACCGCCCGGGGGUCUUGAGCUGCACCACUCGUGUACGCCGCACGCCUCGCGCCCCAACACCUCGUCAAAGGACCGCGGUGCUCUAAUUCUUCGCUUCCAGCACCUGUCUGAGCCCGUCGUUGGUGGGCCGAUCAUGGAUUGGCAAACCGGUUCCACCGUGGGCAAGUUGAACUACGAGCUCCCCCUGGCCGUCUCUACCUCAUCGGGCUUUGGCUUUGUCUUGAAACGGUAUUUCUCUCUCUCUCUCUCUCUCUCUCUCUCUCUCUCUCUCUCUCUCUCUCUCUCUCUCGUUUUUGCGUGCGCGCGCUGGAACGGCAGCGCCGUGUUGAGGCUCGGCUUGAAAGUCGCCAUGCCUCGCAAGUCGCGUGGUAAGAAGGCAAACGCCUCUGAUGACGAUGAUGACGAUGACUUUGUCGACGCGCUGGCCAUGGAUAGCGACGCUGUGAAUGUAGAGGAUUUCAAGGACGAUGGUGCCAGUGACAACAAGCGAUCAAACAAGCGACGGGGCAACAAGGAUCAAGCCCUUGCCGAAGCCGAGCAAUCCGAUCUGGAGCGUGCCCUGCAGCUCUCGAUGCAGGAUGUGGGGCCAGGACAACAGGGGGAUGACUUGACCGCCUCAGCAGCUGCUAAUCCAGCCUCUGCCGAAUCAGAGCCUGCGGGUGAAGCCCCGUCCACACCUGCUCAGCUGACCCCCGAGGAGGCUCUGUCUCCACCCAGCGGCCGGGCCUCGGGCCGACGCCGCGCCACGGCCAAACGCAAGUCGUACGCCGAAGUGGACGAGGAUGACGACGAGGAGGAUGGUGCCGAUGACGACGAUGAUUUUGAUGUUGGCGGCUCUGAUUUCGAGCCGGACGAGGAGGACCAAAGCGAGGAUGAGGAUUCGGCCAACUCGGACGCGGACGAGGACUUUGUCGUCUCGCCCAAGAAGAAGGGUGGCAAGAAGGCUCCAGCCAAAAACACGAAAAAGGGCAAAGCGACACCAGCAGCCAAACCUGCAGCCAAGGCCAGCCCGAAAGCCAAGAAAGCCAAGGCUGCCGCCCCGGCAAAACCUGUGGCCGCCCCUAAAGCCGCACCAAAGGCCAAAACAACUGCAGCCUCCAAAAAGACGACCUCCACACCGACACCUGCGCCAGCUGCCACUAGCACAGCCGACUCGCCCGGCACAACGCGCCCAGCCGCCUCGACGGCCACGCGUCGACCCUUGGGUGGAGCACGCCGACCGGCCACGGGCGGAUUGAGCACAACGCCCAAACUGGGUGGUGUCAAGCUGCCAACCGGUGCGCUGGUGGCGCGUCGCCGCGUUGGUCUUUCGCGUAAUCGACCGGGCCUUAAACUGCACUCUGUGGCAUCCUCCUAG